GGCUCUUCGCAACUGCUGGCGGGAAGCAAAUUGUAGAAGCUGAAGGUGCCUUAUGGUAGCAACAAACCGAGUGGAUAGCUAAGAGAAGUAAUUUUAGACUCCGAUCACAAAUUAGAAUUUCUGCGGCUUUGCAUUAUGUCCCGUGUAUUGAACGGCAUUGUGGCAGUUUGUCCUGAUAUGGGCAUUGGCAGAAAUGGCAAUCUACCAUGGCAUCCAAUAAGGCUAAGUAAUGAAUUCAAGCAUUUCCAAAGGAUGACAAUGACUCCCUCAGUUGAAGGAAAGAAGAACGUGGUCAUUAUGGGCAGGAAGACAUGGUUCUCCAUUCCAGCUCAGAACAGACCGCUCAAGAACAGGAUCAAUGUUGUUCUCAGCAGAGAGCUCAAGCAGCCCCCACCAGGAGCUCACUACUUGGCGUCUGACUUCGCUGAGGCACUUGGUCUGCUGGACACAACAGAUCUAGACAAAGAGGUGGACCAGGUGUGGGUUAUUGGUGGCAGCUCACUGUACAGAGAAAUGAUGGAAAGCCCGUGCAAAAGACGUCUGUUUGUGACCCGGAUCUUGCAGCAGUUUGACAGCGACACGUUUCUCCCCAACAUCGACAUGUCCAAGUACACCCUGUUGUCUGGGUUUCCGGGGGUUCCGGAAGGUCUUCAGGAGGAGAACGGGGUGCAGUACAAGUUUGAGGUCUAUGACAGCAUAGAUCACUGACCAGGAGCCCAUAUUCCUUGGAGGGUCCAAGUUGGUACAGAUAUUGCAAAUAUUGUUAAUGCAAUUGUUUUUGUUUUCAUUCCUUUGUUCCCUUUCCGUGGAUGUACUUGCUAUUGCAGAGAUAGUAUGGGGUCACAAUCAUAUGGGCAUAAUCCCACACUGUCUGUGUUGUACCUCAUUCCUCUCUUUUAGGGAACAGUGCCUCAUCUUUUUGUUUGUGUCUGCCAACUUGGGACUGGAUUCUGGGAGCACUUUAGCCCCACACUGUACAAAACUAGAGGAUAUGCAUCCAUCUAUUCCUGAUAAACAAUGGAGCUAUUUUUUUACGGUUGAUUUUAACAUGUCAUGCCUACAAUAAUAGUGACUAGAAUGAUGUGAAUAGUGACUACAAUAACAAUAUCUACUCCGAAAGACUGCUGAACACCUUCAAGCAUAAUGUUGAAUCACCUCAGAAUGAUUGUUGUUUCCAGGUAAUUGUUUUUGGAAAAGAAUAAAUAUUCUACUGUUUGUGUCUAUUUGAA